UAGCUUCAAGGUUUUUUUUUUUCAAUUAAAUUUCAAGUAAAUUUCUUAUGAAGAAAAAACUUGAAAUUUAAUGAAUUAAAUAUUUUUCAUAUGCUAACAUAAUCACUAUCUCACUCUCUUCAAUGGCGUCAGUAACAAAGUCGAUGGCCGCCCUCUCUUCCCCUUCUUCUUCACGCUAUGCAACCUCCGUCUCUGGGCCUGCAAUGAUGACUUUAUUGCCGGCGGUUUCUCUUUCUAGUCGCCGAGGUUUGCCUGAAUGUAAAGGGUUGAAGAUCCAAUCUUAUUCAAAGCUUUCUUUCGCAUCGUACAAUUCGAGAUAUCCUGGGGUUUCCAAGCGCCGAGCGGCCGUUGUUUGCGAAGCUCAAGAAACUGCUCUUGAUAUUCCAGCUGUGACUGAUAGAACAUGGCAAUCACUUGUACUCAAGGCUGAUGGGCCUGUAUUAGUUGAGUUCUGGGCUCCUUGGUGUGGGCCAUGCCGUAUGAUCCAUCCGGUAAUAGGUGAACUAGCACAGCAAUAUGCUGGAAAACUCAAGUGCUUUCAAUUGAAUACUGAUGAUAGUCCUUCAAUUGCUACCCAAUAUGGAAUCAGAAGCAUCCCAACAAUCAUGAUCUUUAUCAAUGGUGAGAAGAAAGAUGCAGUUAUUGGUGCUGUACCCAAAACUACACUGUCAGCAAGCAUAGAGAAAUUCUUGUAGAUGGAGAAUGAUAAUGUCAAAGUGUCCAAUGUUCAUCACCCUUUAGUUGCUUAGAUGCUUUUAUUUUCUGCAUGUAAUGUUGAAAAUUUCCCUACUUUUAUAUAAAAUGUGGAAGCUUCUUCUACUCAUGUUUCCUUUCGAUAUA